AUGUCCAACAGCGACAAGGGCAGCAGUACUACUACUACAACUGCGACGACAACUACCAAGGCAGCCAACACAACGAAUAGUGGUAGUAAUUUGUCCAAUAGCACACACAGCAGCAAUCGAGGAAGUCACGGUAGUCGUGGUAGUCGCGGUAGUAGACGCAGUACAGGGAGUGCGACCCCCGAGGGCGACGACAAACUGCCCCCCGGUUGGACACGCAAAGAAAGCAAGUCGCAAAAAGGUCGCUACUAUUUCAUUUCCCCUGCUGGCAAGACGCAAUGGGUGCCACCUCCCAUGAAGGCGUCGAGCUCCAAGAUCAAAAAGACUUACAAUUGGAUGAGUGAGGUGGAAAUCGGCUUCCAAGAGGGGCGACUUGGAGUGAGUCUACGAGAAGUCCACCAGAUGGAAACCAUUCUGUACCCUCAAUUCCAGGCCGAAGUGGACGAUCUACCCAAAAUCAACGGCAAGGCGGGACCCGCCGAGCUCCACAACUGGAGCGUCAAGCCCCACAAGCGACUGACGAUCGGCAUGCGCGUCAUCAGCAUCGAAGACACGUCGCUGGCUGGGCUUACUUAUAAAGAAGUCGUGGGCAAGCUAAAGAGCGCAUCGCGGCCUGUUCGUAUCAAAUUUGCAGAUGUACAGAAAGGAACAGUGGAGGAGAAUGGCGGUCGCAAAUCGGACGGAGACAAAGUCAAUAAUAGUGCCGGGAAUGACCCAGCAGCAGCAAGCUACGGUCAUUCGAGUGCAUACAUGCAACAGAAACAGGAAUACACGCGUGUGCUCGUGACGGGAGAGCUUCAUACGGAGAUGUGGACCAUUGAGAACAAGAAGAUGCUGCGAUCAUUGACACGUAUGCAGCACAAGUGGAGUACCGUGUCGAAUGAAUUUGAUAUGUUGAACGCCAAACGAAUGGAGUUGCGGAAAGAAAACGAGAAUCUGAAAAAUGACAAGGAAAAGUACCAAGUCAUGAUGAAGAAUCUCAAGCUGCAGGCGACUUAUGCCAUGGAGAACCCUGAACUUGUGCGGGCUAACGAACUGGCCAAGCGGAACACAGAACUGAACGAUGAUAUCUCGAAAAUGAGCUCUGGAAACAAGCGACUCCGUAAAGAGAGAGAUGCCCUGCAGGCUCAGCUAGAUGACCUGGAUAAACAGCUUGCAAAAGUGGAGCAGAAAGACAAAGAGGAAGAUCGAGUUCCGGAAGAAGAUAUCUUCGGUAUUGAACCCACAGCUCCACCGAAGGAACAAUUGUCGGCAUUAAAGAAGAAGCGACGUGGACUUGAAGACGAACUGAACAAAGAGCAACGCAAGGCGAACAAGGUGCAGAAAGAGAUGGAGCAGCUCACCAAACAUUACGCCAGUCUUGGUAACGAAGAAACGGGACUUAACUCGUCCACAUCUUCGUCAUCCUCUUCUCAUCACAAGCCGAAGUCGGAGUUCGCUGACCUGGAAGCGAAGAUCUUGGAGCUACGUAAGAAGCAGCGAUCUGUGGUGGAUACUCUGUCCAAGGCUGCCCAGUCGGGUGACCAUAAACUUGCUAAGGAGUGUCAACGGAGGCGUCAAAAGAUCAAGGAGGAACUUAAGGAGGCACAGGAUGAGCUGCACAGGCUUAAAACUAAGGGAAAGGCAGGCACUCCGUCUUCACGGGGCGAUUCUCGCAAACCGAAGCCGUCGACCGAACCGUCAAGCCGUCUGCCUUCGGACUCGAAGAAAUCGAGACGUUCCGGGUCGAUUAGCAAGGACAACUCGAGUCCAUCUACCCCUGACACGAGCGCGGACUCUGCCUCGACUCCUGGAAGUACCCGAGGAAAAAUGCCGAUGCUGAGUGGCUUCUUAGACAAGGGUCCCACCGAGUGGGCUGACCGCGGCAUCAUCAGCGGCAUGAAGACGAUGCGUGGUGCACGUGAGCGAUGGUGUGUUAUCACCGCCGAUGGGUUUCUCAAAUACUACAAACGACGUGGUGACUCGGUUGUGCGUGGCGAGAUCAACCUGGCUGACAAGAGCUUUGAGGUUGUGUGUGAGGAUCUCAGAUAUGGAAAGGAGUUUGUACUGUGCACGGACGAGCAGCAAUCGCAUUUCUUCACAAAGAGUCCACAAGAGCUCAACAAUUGGGUGAAAACUCUGCGUGCUGCGAACGCCUAUUUACUCAAUGCUGCUGCCCCACCGCUCCCUCCGCCUCGACCUCGUGGCGAUACGGACAAGCAAAUGCUCAUUCGCGGCGACAGCAAGCAAGCAAAGGAGUUCAAUCUCGACGGGCUGGAAGACUCUUUGCCCGAAGAGGACGAGCAGUUCUAUGGGCGUGCUACCUUGGGUUUCUAAAGAAAUGGUGGCUGUGGCCGCUUAGUGCUGGCACUAAAUGUAAU